AUGAAUACGAAAGGCGAUCCUCUUGAAUAUGUGUGUGAUGAUUUUAAAAAAGAUAGAGAGAUAGUGUUAAAAGCAGUCAAAUCUUAUGGUCAUUCUCUUCGAUAUGCUCAUGAAGAUUUAAAAAAAGAUAGAGAAAUUGUAUUAGCAGCAACGAAUUCAACAGGUCAUGCACUUCGUUAUGCUUGUGACGAUUUCAAAAAAGAUAGAGAAUUCGUAUUACAAGUUGUGAAAAUGAAGCAUGGUGGAUACGCUCUAGAGUAUGCUUCUGAUGACUUAAAGAAAGACCGAGAAAUUGUUUUCGAAGCAGUCAAAUCUUGUGGUCAUGCUCUCAAACAUGCAUCUGAUGAUUUAAAGAAAGAUCGAGAACUUGUAUUAGAGGCUGUGAAAUCGAAUGGAGAUGCACUUUUAUAUGCUUGUGAUGAUUAUAAAAACGACAGGACCAUUGUACGGGAAGCCAUCGCAAGAAGUAGUUCAGCCCUAAAAUAUGCUUCAGAAAAGUUGCAGCAGGAUCGAGAGUUCAUUGCGGAAGCAGCCUUUCACAUCUUUGUCGUCAAAAUAAUGCAAUAUCACUCUUCUGAAGAAACUCCACAAGAGUUUGUCUCCAAUUUUAGGCAACGAUUACAACAACUGAUUGAUUUCAUUCUUUGCAAUUUAUUUCUUGAUGAGGAUUUUGUGGAAAGCAUUGAAAGAUUGACUUGUGCUUUGAGAAGGUUUAUUUCUUGUGAAUAA